CAUGGAUAGCACAUAGAGCCUCAGCCAGACGCUAGGAUGGCCUGGAUUCACACACUGUCGCUGGCAACCAUCCAGCUCAGAAGCUACUGAUACCCAUGAGUCAUGCUUCCCGGGUAUGGAUUCUCCCCUCUCCCUGACUUCCAGCCUCACCUCCAUGCCUUCCGUUGCCGAGGAGAGUGUCCCAGCAUGUGGUUCCCGGUCUCAGGCGAGUCCCAGGCUUUGAGCGAGGCCCGGGACGACAGGCCUCUCCUGCGGCAGUGCCAGCACAACCACAUUGCCGUGUGUCAGCAGGAGCUGCAGCCGCCUGUGACCCCCAGCGACAACGGCCAUGGAUCACCUACUGCAGACGCUCAGCACUCCACCCCUUUGCCUCUGAAUCAUCGCAAACACACAAGGACUGAAGCAGAAAAUGGCGGCUGGAGGAGUAACCCUGAUCAAGACACUGAUACUGAUAUGGACCUGAGUUCAGACUCUCAGAUGCUAGGGGGCGACGUUGAGCUUUUUAUCCGGGAAGAUAGGAGGACUGACACUCCAGGGCAAGAGAAGUGUGAGAGACCCAUGGUGGUGUCGACGGUGUUUCGUCCCCUCCACACAGCCCUCAGCCUGCCCCUGUUCCUCCCUCUGUCCUCCCUGUACAGGGACACAGACUACUGUAACUCUCAGCCACCUGGCUCUCCAUCCUCACAUGAGCCUCCGGAGCUGCAGACCCCAGACACCUGUCGACCCCAGAGGAGGACGUCACAGGGCUCACUCAAGGAAAAGUCAAUCCGGCGUAAGAUGCGAGUGUACUCACCAGACAGCCUGAGUGAUGAUUCUCUGGCCAGCCCCAUUCUGGAUGGCGACUACCUCUUCCCCGGACCCUUCGAUUCCUUCCUGGAGGAGGACAUCGGGGGAGACCCUGUAGAUGCCACGAGUCCCUCAUCAACAGGGGGGGGACCCAACCCCCGAAAGACUCCACCUUUUUCCGCAGAGCCGCUGCAGUUGUCAGAGCACUCAUCUGUCUUGAACUGUGGGGCUGUAGAGAAUUCCUCGGCCACCGGAGGAAGCUCUUUAGCCCGCUCCAGUAUGGCGGAACACGAGCGGCGUCGCUUCUCAGCCUCGGAACUGAUCUCACGGCUACAGCUUUCCCAGAGGAAGAACUCGUUCACACUAAAGCUUGGCAAGUCGCUGUCAGCUCGCGUGGCCUCCCGCGACAAGCAGAACCCCAGCAACUUCAGCUCUGACUCAAUUCUGUACCAGGAGUACAGUGAUGUUGCAAUCAACCGAGAAAUCCUAAGGCAGCAGGGGGGGGAGCCAGGUGCUGAGGAGGAGGGGCUAAGGGAGGAAGGGGCUGGGGAGACUCCAUCUCCAUCUAAUCUGUCUCCAUCCAGCUCCUUUUGCUCCUCGUCACGAGGCUCCGCCUUCUCGCUGUGGCAAGACAUCCCUGAUGUCCGGACCAGUGGUCAGCUGGACAACUUCAGCAACGUGGAGCGCAAACUACAGGAGGCCAAGUUUGAGCUGGUGACGUCAGAGGCGUCGUACAUUCGGAGCCUGACCAUCGCAGUGGACCAUUUUAUGCUGUCCCAGGAGCUGGGGGAGUGUCUGGGGACCCAGGACAGACAGUGGCUCUUCUCCAAGCUCCCCGAGGUCAAGGACGUCAGUGAGAGGUUCCUGCAGGACCUGGAGCACAGGCUGGAGGAGGAUAUCUUGCGUUUUGACGUGUCUGACAUCGUCCUGGCCCACUGUCCCGCCCUGCGCAGGGUCUACCUCCCCUACGUGACCAACCAGGCCUACCAGGAACAGACCUACCAGCGCAUGUUACAGGAGAAUCCUCGCUUCCCAGGUAUCCUGGCUCGUUUGGAAGAAGACCCCAUCUGCCAGCGUCUUCCCCUCGCCUCCUUCCUCAUACUCCCCUUCCAGAGGAUCACACGGCUCAAGAUGCUGGUGGAGAAUAUCCUAAAGAGGACAACACCAGGCUCUAGGGAUGAGGACACAGCCACCAAGGCCUUCAAUGAGCUGAAAAAGAUUAUAAAGGAAUGUAACUCCAGUGUGCAGUCAAUGAAGAGGAUGGAAGAGCUCAUUCACCUCAAUAAGAAGAUCCACUUUGAGGGCAAGAUAUUCCCUCUGAUCUCCCAGUCUCGCUGGCUGGUCAAGCAUGGAGAACUGCUAGAAGUGGACACACAGACCAUGAGUAUUUCUGGGUCAAAGUUCAAGUUGCCCACAAGGCCUGUGUACCUGCAUCUGUUCAAUGACUGUCUUCUGCUGUCCAGGAGGAAGGACACGUGGAAGUUCAUGGUGUUUGUUCACGCUAAGAUCGGGCAGCUGAAGGUGAAGGACCUCAGUCAGAAGCUUCAGGGCAUCUCAGGUUUCAUCUUCCACCUGCAGCUGUGUGAAGGCCGGCAACUCAAACACCAGAUCCUUCUCAAGGCCCAUACUGAGAGUGGGAAACAAAGAUGGAUCACAGCCAUGUUCCCCUCUGAUCCUUUGGAAGAUAUUGAGCAGGCCACUGAGAAUGAUGAUCUUUCCCAAGUUCAAUGCAUCAAGAGUUACCAGGCCCAAGAGCAUGACGAGCUUACAUUGGAGAAGGCUGAUAUUCUUCAAGCCAAGACCAUUACAAGUGACGGCUGGGUGGAGGGCAUUCGGCUGUCAGACGGGGAGCGGGGCUGGUUCCCCAAAACCAACGUGGAGGAGAUCACAAGUCGCAGUGCGCGUCUCCGCAACCUCAGAGAAAACAUCCGCAUUAAGUGUGUCACACAGAAACUGGAAGAGGAACUCUUUUAAGUGUCCUUUCCAUCCUGCAGCUUUUCAUUUACACUUGUAAUGUCCAAUCAAACAGGGCAGCAACUCUCAACCCGUAUCCAUUAGACCCAGCUUUUAUGCAAAUCAAAUCAUAUCAAUGUUUAUUUGUCACGUGCGCCGAAUACAACAGGUGUAGACCUUACAGUGAAAU